AUGAACCAGGCGAUGCAGGCCUUCCUGGACGGGUUCGCCUCAGAGGACGACCUGUUCGCUGACACUUCACCGCCAGAAGUAGAGACCAUUACCCCACCCAGCGCUUCGAAGAGCACACGCCGCGUUACGCCCAAGCAGCAGAUUGACCGGUUGAAGGAUGAGAUUCGCCAACUGUCCGAGCAGCUCCAGACGCUCGGAGCCGACCACGCUCAAUGCAACCUCCAAGCUCUUAGCCGGCGUUCCGUUCUGUGGCGCAGUAUCGCGGCUCGGCAGCUGGAGCUACGUCGAAAAUCCGAGAGCGAGAACCACAGCCUGCGAGAGAUGGUGAAGCUUCAGAGCGAAGAAGCCAAAAGUCUGCGCAGACUUUUGAAGAGACGGACGAGGAUUCAGCAACUUCAGGAGAUGCUGGAGGGAGAACAGCAGAAGCAGCAAGAGGCGACGCGACCGCUCGCAGUUGCAGUGCACGAGGAGCAGGCUUUCGCGGGAAUAUUGCGCGAUGUCGAUGGUCUCUACGAAAAGAUGGAUACGAUGUUCACUGAGAAGGGAAUGCACAGUAUUCCAUGGCAGGGUCGGAAGCGGUAUACAGACAACACAGUGCUCAACGGGGUGUGCUUCGAGUUAACUCAGCGCGAAAUCAUGCCGUUUGGUGUGGAGAAAGUGAAAGACGCGAUAUGGAGCUCUCUCGGACAAUUAGAGCUGGAAGGUCUGCAGAGUGUUAGGGGGUUUAAGACGAACGUUCAGUUUCGCAAACACGAUUCUGAUCGAGAUACGACAACGGCCAUGGUCAGCUUCUUUGCAGACCUCUCGAGUGGCCGCAGUGCCAGCGUCAAGAUACGAAAAGUUGUCCGUCGGUAUGGUGAAGAACAUCGGACUAUCUUCAUUUACCGGACGUCCAUGGAGCCGAAGCUUUACGACUCGGGUGAGUCUGUCGGCGUGCAUGCGACCUCAGCGUUGCUGAUAGAACUUCGACAUGAUGAUUCGGACGAGGAGUCCACACUGCUCCAGAGCCAUUUCAGUGUAACGCGACAUGAUGAAGGACUCGCGGUGGGCCAUCGAAUGCGGCUCCCUGUCAAUUUGGAUAUCGCGAUUGCUGUUUGGGAGGAAUCAAUUGCGCGUAUUCACGACCAAGUGGAAAAUUGUUUGAUUGAGAGCUCUUGA